AUGCUGCGAGAAUUGACCCAAUAUGGUGGUGUGCGCGCACACGACCCCGCUUGGGUUCCGAGUGAGAAAUGCAGAGCCGUGGUCUCAAGCCAGCUGCUCUUCCUUGCUGGCAAAGCACUGGGCAGAUGUCCAAGUGCUUUUGGUGCUGUAGAACUAGGCCUGGGGCACGUUGCCUGCAAGUGUGUGCAGUGCCAAAUGGAGGCCGUUGGCACAAAGGGAAGCGCAGCAUGGGGCGCAAAGCCUCAGCAAGUUCAGGCGACUCCCAGUGCUGGCUUCCGCUGGGAUUCUUUGAGCGAGGAUGACGAAUUGGAAGGAAGUCUUUGUUUGAUGUACCCACGGCCAUCAGAUUGUGGCAGGGGCUCACCACGGCGACACGCCUGGCGAUUGUGCAAUCGUGUAAUCAGAAUCUGA